ACCUCUCCCUACUGCCAGAGCCAGGCCAGGCGCCGAGGCCGCAGCAUGGUCCCCUCAGAAGAUCCCAGGGACGGGAGAACCGACCCCAAGGUCACUGACCCUGAGACAGAGCUGGCCAGCGGUCCAGGUGGGAAGCUGGCGGGCCAUCAGAAGACCCUCCCCUCAGCGCACCUAACAUUCCUCAUGGAUUGUACUCCCGGGAAGCAGCUUUCCCCGCCAGCCCCCCAGCUGCGUCCCCCAGCUCCCCGCCGCCCGCUGGGGCCGGUCACCCCUCCCAUGAAGACCUACCUCGUGCUCUGUGGGGGCAACCAGCCCUACCACACUGAGGAGGUCCGAGCGGGUAUGAGCCACUUCACCCCGGCCAGGGAGACCAUGGAACCUUGCAAGGCCACGGAGACCCCAGCUCCCUCCCCAGCCAGCCCCCUCUGCACCCAGGAGGCCCCGGAAGCCAAGAGGAGCCCCGUGAAGAUGAUGCCUGUGAGAUAUACCUCCUCGGGGGCAGCCAAGGGCUUGCUCAAAGGGCUGCUCUACUCCUGCGUCUGUGGCAGGGGGGUGGCGAGCAGCCCGGAAGAUGCGGCUGGCAAGCCAGUGUCUCGGUCCCCAGGGCCGCACGCCCGGGAGCCCAGUUCCUCGUCGCCAGCCCAGCCGAAGUCUCCUGUGCCUAAGCAUUAGCCGUAGCCGAGGACAUUCACCGAGGUCAGACACACCUAGGGAUCCUAUUUCCUCCUUCCUUUCUCUGCAGUCCUGCAGCGGAAGCAGGACUGGGGAACUGUGUUGAAAAGAGACUCGUUUAUUCCUGCAACCCUCUUCUCUAUAAAUAUAUUUAUUUUUAGAUUACUUUUAUAAGGGCCGUGCUGGAGGAGGGGAGGCAGAGUUCCAGGGGAUGGGAUUCGGCCUUGCCCACGCUAGGCACUGCCACCCGAGUUGUCCCCCCAGUCCCCUGUUCAUGCAUUCCUACCACACGUCCUGAUGGCGCACCUUCAUCUGCAAGGCCUGCAGAGCCUG